CAACAUGACAUCCAUAUUGACCUGUACUGUCAAAACUCUUCCGGCUGCCACAACGUGGGCUGCCCGAUUCUCUGUGAGGUCGUUCAGCUGUUCACACCAGUUAAAUGCAGCAGUUCAGCCCAUGACUAAAAAGACUUUAGCCAAAAAUGGGGUGAAGAAUAUUGUACUGGUGGAUGGGGUUCGUAUUCCGUUUUUGCUGUCAGGAACCUCGUAUGGAGAUCUGAUGCCACAUGACUUGGCCAGAGCAUCACUACAGGGCUUGCUGAACAAGACUGAUAUACCAAAGGAAGCUGUUGACUACAUUGUUUAUGGCACUGUUAUUCAGGAGGUGAAAACAAGCAAUGUCGCUAGAGAGGCUGCCUUGGGAGCUGGCUUCUCAGACAAGACUCCAGCUCACACCGUCACUAUGGCUUGCAUCUCUUCAAACCAGGCUAUGACCACAGGAGCCGGUCUCAUCGCUUCUGGCCAAUGUGAUGUAGUGGUUGCUGGCGGCGUUGAGCUGAUGUCAGAUGUACCCAUCAGACAUAGCAGGAAAAUGAGGAAGACGAUGCUUGGCCUCACAAGGGCAAAGUCCUUGGUUCAGAGGCUGUCCUUGAUCUCCAGAAUCCGUCCUGAUUACUUUGCUCCUGAGCUCCCAGCAGUGGCAGAGUUCUCCACCAGCGAGACCAUGGGUCACUCGGCAGACCGGCUGGCAGCUGCCUUCGCCAUCUCGCGUGUCGAGCAAGAUGAGUAUGCCCUGCGGUCACACAGCCUGGCCAAGAAAGCCCAGGAUGAGGGGCUCCUCACUGAUAUAGUGCCAUUCAAAGUGCCAGGCAAGGAUACUGUUGUGAAGGACAACGGAAUCCGUCCUUCUUCAAUGGAGCAGAUGGGCAAACUGAAAGCUGCUUUUGUUAAACCUUACGGAACUGUCACAGCCGCCAACUCUUCUUUCCUGACCGAUGGAGCCUCUGCAGUCCUGCUGAUGUCUGAAGAGAAAGCUCUGGCGAUGGGGUACAAACCAAAGGCCUACCUCAGGGAUUUUGUGUACGUAUCCCAGGACCCAAAGGACCAGCUGCUGCUUGGCCCCACCUAUGGUACUCCCAAGGUGCUAGAGAAGGCUGGCCUGACAAUGGCAGAUAUUGACGUGUUUGAAUUUCACGAAGCGUUUGCAGGGCAAAUUUUAGCUAACAUGAAAGCUAUGGAUUCGGAUUGGUUUGCUCAGAACUGCAUGGGUAGAACGUCUAAGGUUGGAGCCCCUCCUCUGGAAAAGUUCAACAACUGGGGUGGGUCUCUGUCUCUGGGGCACCCCUUCGGUGCCACUGGCUGCCGGUUGGUAGUGACUGCUGCCCACAGAUUGAAGAAGGAGGGAGGACAGUAUGGGCUGGUUGCUGCAUGUGCUGCUGGAGGACAGGGCCACGCAAUGAUAGUGGAACUUUACCCACAGUAAAGGCAUGAAGAACUGCUGCAAAUGGCAUUUCCUGAGACAUCGGUGCAAUUCCAGCACACUUG